CGGACGUCGCGACUAUGGGUACAUGUAGUUUUGCCAAUGAUCUCAUCGCAUAUGCCAUCCUCGACUUUCCAUGUACACUUUCCUUGUCUCAAUUCCUCAUUUCCCGCUCAAAUAUACAAAGAACAACCCAAAUAUAGGACUCUUCGCUUAUGAAUCCCUAGGUACUUGGGCACUAUAGAGAAUUGGGAUUGCCGACCGGCAACUAUAUCAAACCUACGAUAAAUAAUAAAUACACAUCACCUCACAAUUUAUAUCAACCACUGGCGAUGAAUAACAGCGCCAGUCUCGAUUCCUUCGAAGAUGUUGCCGACUCAACAGAUUGGCUAUCGACUCCUCUUUCUGGACUUGCCGCGGUCGAAGCCACGCUUCGUUGUCAAGUCUGCAAAGAUUUCUACAAGACACCGAUGUUGACAUCUUGCAACCACACUUUCUGCUCCAUAUGCAUUCGCCGGGCACUCUCUAACGACGGGAAAUGUCCCCUGUGUCGUGUUUCCGAGCAAGAGAUGAAACUACGAAGCAAUUGGUCUAUGGAGGAAGUCGUCGUCGCAUUUACGAAAACUCGAUCGGACGUCCUACGCUUCGCGAAGACAUCGCAGGAUACUAUAGCCGAGCCAGGGAAGAGGAAAUUGGGAGAUACAGAGGAUGAAGAUUCAUCAAGUCAGCGAAUGGGAAAGAGAUUACGGUCUUCUACGAGGCUAAGUAAAUCGAGGAGUAUGGAGAUGACAUCCGAGAUGGCACGUCUAGAGGCCGAUGUACCAUACCAAGAACCGACAGAUUUCGAACCAGAUGACGGCCUAGUAGCAUGUCCCAUAUGCUUGCAGCGCAUGAAACCGCUCCAGGUAGACAGGCAUCUCGAUACUUCAUGUCCAGGAGAACCACAACCAGAAAGAACACCUUCGAAGCCGAGCUCGCGAUCUACAAGUAUACCAAAUGCCUUCUCCUCCUCAUCUUCGCCUAAAAAGGCACCAGCAAGAACAUUCGAGCGUUUACCAGCAAUAAACUAUUCAAUGCUUAAAGAGCCGCAACUACGGAAGAAACUGCAAGAGCAAGGUAUAUCAGCAGCAGGAAGUCGACAAAUGCUAGAGAAGAGACACAAGGAGUGGACGACGAUAUGGAACGCAAACUGCGACUCGCAAUACCCGCGGCGCAAAGGGGAAUUGCUACACGAUCUCGACGUAUGGGAGCGCACGGUGGGUAGUCGAGCACCAACGAAUUCACGAACAAUUAGUUUAGGAGCGCAAAUCAGGGACAAGGAUUUUGACGGCGCGGCCUGGGCCGCUAAGCACGACAGCUCGUUUAAGGACCUGAUAGCUAAUGCGCGGCGUAACAAAGUAUUGAUGGGGCGCAAGAGCAGCCAAGAUGAAAAGAGGGUGGACGGGACAUCUAACACCAGCAACGAUAAGGGGUAUGAACCAACUCCGCAGCCUGAUUCGGAGAUGAUAGCAUCGUUGAAUCAUUCGGAAAAACCACAAGAGCAAGUCGACUCUGUCACACAAGCGACGGGAAUAAUUGAUUUAACGGGCGAAAUUGCCUCGUCAAACGCCUCUGUUGCAGAGCUUUCAGACAGGGAGGAUGGAGGAGUAGAUCUUGAUGCGUCAUCCAGAACGACGAUGAUAUAAUUGCUAAUAUAUUAUUACCUUGUUUGUCCAAGGGAGGAUCUAUCGAAUGGUUGC